UGAAGAAUCCCGGGAAACGCAGCAGGAAACCGGCCAAGAUGGACCUGCGGGAGGAGCUGGACAUGAAUCAUAAAGGAAGACCCAAAAGACACUGGUGUGAUGAUUGCAAGCAAGUGUUCACCACUUCAUCAAACCUGAAGAUACAUAAGAAAACUCACACUGGUGAUAAACCGUACAGCUGUGAUCAGUGUGGAGCGGUUUUUGCCCAAAAAGGUAACUUAAAGCAACACCAACGUAUUCACACUGGAGACAAGCCUUACAGAUGUGAUCAGUGUGGAGCGGCUUUUGCCGAGCAAGGUGCUUUAAGGAGACACCAACGUAUUCACACUGGAGACAAGCCUUGCAGAUGUGAUCAGUGUGGAGUGGCUUUUGUCCGACAAGAUCAUCUAAAGCAACACCAACGUAUUCACACUGGAGACGAGCCUUACAGAUGUGAUCAGUGUGGAGCGGCUUUUGCCCAAAAAGGUGCUUUAAGGAGUCACCAACGUAUUCACACUGGAGAAAAGCCUUACAGAUGUGAUCAGUGUGGAGCGACUUUUGCCCAGCAAGGUGAUUUAAGGACUCACCAACGUAUUCACACUGGAGAAAAGCCUUACAGAUGUGAUCAGUGUGGAGCGACUUUUGCCCAUCAAGGUACUUUAACGAGUCACCAACGUAUUCACGCUGGAGAAAAGCCUUACAGAUGUGAUCAGUGUGGAGCGACUUUUACCACAUCAAGUAAUCUAAGAGUCCACCAACGUAUUCACACUGGAGACAAGCCUUACAGAUGUGAUCAGUGUGGAGCAGCUUUUGCCCAGCAAGGUGCUUUAACGAGUCACCAACGUAUUCACACUGUAGACAAGCCUUACAGAUGUGAUCAGUGUGGAGUGAUUUUUGCCCGACAAGAUAGCCUAAAGCGACACCAACGUAUUCACACUGGAGAAAAGCCUUACAGAUGUGAUCAGUGUGGAGCGACUUUUACCACAUCAAGUAAUCUAAGGAGUCACCAACGUAUUCACACUGGAGAAAAGCCUUACAGAUGUUAUCAAUGUGGAGCAGCUUUUGCCCAGCAAGGUGCUUUAAGGAGUCACCAACGUAUUCACACUGGAUAAAAGGUGUACAUUUGUGAUCAGUGCUGAUCUCAUUUAUUUUGAGAGUUCAGUUAAA